AAACAAAAAAUAUAUGUAUGUAUAGUACCCCCUGGGAAAGUGAAAGCAAUUAAAUUGAAAAUAAUGUUUCUUACUUUAGCAUUACUUCUCGCAUUAUACAGCAUCCUCAAGUAUCUCUUCAAGCUGCUAUGGCUGAAGCCUCGCCGGAUCCGAUCACGGCUGAGCAGCCAAGGCGUCGGCGGUCCUACGCCAUCAUUGUUGUUGGGAAACCUUGUAGAGAUUAAGAGAUCUCUGUCGACCACCUUCAGCAGGAAAUCUAUGGUGAAAGACGGCCAAGUUACCCACGAUUGGGCUUCCUCUCUUUUCCCUUUCUUGAACAACUGGGCUAAACAAUACGGAUCGAAUUACAUGUUUUGGAUUGGGACCUUACCGGUACUGUACUUGGGGGAGUAUGAUCUGGUGAAAGAGAUUAACCUAUGUACUUCUUUGGACUUGGGGAAGUCCACUUUUCUGUAUAAGUUCUUUGGGCCAUUGUUUGGACAGGGACUCGUAGCAUCGAGCGGACGUUCUUGGGCCUACCAGAGGAAAAUUAUUGCUCCUGAACUUCACUCGGAUAAAAUUAAGGAGAAGUUUAGUCUAAUAGUAGAAUCUGCUACUUCAUUAGCGAAUUCUUGGGAGAAUAAGCUGAUGAGUGAAGGCAGCGAGUUGAUGGACAUAAGAAUUGACGAGGAUCUCAGGCGUUUCUUUGCUGAUGUUAUCUCCAAAGCUUGCUUCGGGAGCACUUAUUCCGACUCCAAAGAAAUAUUUGUCAGAAUUAGAUCUCUGCAUCAAGCCAUGCCUAAGAAAAGCCUCCUAGUCGGCCUCCCUGUCUUGAAAUUUCUUCCGACCAAGAGCAACAUGGAGAUAUGGAAGCUAGAGAAGGAGAUCCGGGCGUUGAUCCUGAAGGUGGUAGAAGAACGGAAACGGGGUGCAUACCAGAGGGAUCUUUUGCAGAUUCUCAUUGACGGAGCUAACAACAGCCACCUUAGUUCUAAGUCCGCCACCAAUUUUAUCAUUGACAAUUGCAAGAACAUCUACCUUUCUGGUCAAGGAGUCACCCCAAUAUCUGCUAGUUGGACCUUGCUUCUCCUAGCUGCCCAUCCUGAUUGGCAAGCUCGUGUCCGCGAUGAGGUCUUGGAAGUCUCUGGAGGACACCUUCCUACUCCUGACAUGCUUCGUAAAAUGAAAUUGUUGGGCAUGGUAAUUAAGGAAGCAAUGAGAUUGUAUCCAGCAUUCGCAUUCUUGUCAAGGGAGGCCUUGGAGGAUAUUAAACUUGGGAGUAUUCAAGUUCCUAAAGGAACCAAUAUUUGGUUUCCUAUACUCACAUUACAUCGGGACCGUUUCCUCUGGGGCCCUGAUGCUGAUGAAUUCUGUCCAGAGAGGUUUGCAAAAGGAGUAGCAGGGGCUUGUAAGGUUCCACAACUCUACAUGCCUUUCGGCGCUGGGUCUUAUGUUUGUGCAGGACAACACCUUGCCAUGACUGAGCUGAAGAUAGUCACGUCUCUCUUGCUAUCCAAAUUCUCAUUUUCCAUCUCACCCAAAUAUCAGCAUGCCCCAGUGUUUAGGUUGAACAUUGAACCUGAAGAUGGGGUGAAGCUCCUCGUGAAGAGGAUAUAAUAUUAUGAAGAAGUGGGAACAAUGUAAGCGUGAAAUAAGUUGUUUACUAAGAUAAUGUUUACUGUUUCCUUCAAACGGUAUACAUAAAUAACAUGCUGAACCACUAGUGUUUGGCUAGCGCCACCUCGGUCAGUCUUUGACCGAUUGUUGAAGUUCAUAUCCGUUUUGAGUAAGUUUGUUAUGGACCAUGGUAUUAUUUGUUG